UACAGAACCAUUUUCCUCUCACACUCCCUAUCAAACCAAAAAUUACUCCGUCAAGACAAAAACUAAUUCUGCUUUCCUCUACAGAAUGAAGGAUUUGAAAAUGGAGAGUUACAGUGGAGUUUCAGUGUUUAUGUUCUCUUUGCUCUUUGCGGUAUCGAUCGUGGUGGUUAUGGCGCUCUGUAGCGACCGUAGUAUUUCACUCAUAGAUUUCUCUGUUUUCAGUUUAAAUAACAUUAUCUCGACGGACGAGUUGCACAGAACUGUUUCUUCAUCUGAUCAGAUUUUUUCUGUUGAUGCUGGCGGGUCGAUCUCUUAUAAUUCUUUCACGAACCAAACCAGAAACACGACACUAGUAAGGAAAAUCAAGAGGCUAGGCAGAGAACAAGCGCUAGAAAGAGGAUUAGCGAGAGCACGUGCUUCAAUUCUCAACGCCGUUUUGUCUCGAAACGUCUCUGUUACCACAAGGAACGACGGAGAUAUUCCUGCCGGAGAAGUGUAUCGUAACCCCACCGCCUUUUAUCAGAGUUAUUUGGAAAUGGAGAAGAUAUUCAAGGUUUAUAUCUAUACAGAAGGGGAGCUCCCGAUCGUCCACGACGGACCCUGCAAGGAUUUGUACACAACAGAAGGGAGGUUCAUACAAGAGAUGGAGCACGGAUCCGGCACUAGCAGGUUCAGGACCAAGAAUCCCUACGCCGCUCACGUUUACUUCAUGCCCUUCAGCGUGGCGUGGAUGGUCAAGUAUAUAUACAGGCCAACCAGUUUUGAUAUCAAACCGCUGAAACAGUUCGUGUCCGAUUAUGUGAAAGUAGUAUCCACCAAAUAUCCUUUUUGGAAUAGAACUAAUGGAGCUGACCACUUCAUGCUUGCCUGUCAUGAUUGGGGACCUCACACAUCAAAGGCAAACCCAUUCCUCUACAACACAUCAAUCCGAGUCCUGUGCAACGCCAACACAUCCGAGGGCUUCAACCCAAGAAAAGAUGUGUCCCUCCCCGAAAUAAGCCUCUAUGGAGGUGAAUUAGUGGAGAAACUCCGCUCUCCGCCACCGUUGAAUGCCCCACGACCGCACCUUGGCUUUUUUGCAGGCGGACUUCACGGCCCAGUCCGCCCCAUCCUCCUCCAACACUGGAAAGGCCGAGAUAACGAUAUGCUUGUUUACGAAUACCUUCCCAAAGACCAAAACUACUAUUCACUCAUGCUCCAGUCCAGGUUCUGUCUUUGCCCUAGUGGGUAUGAAGUGGCCAGUCCUCGAGUUGUUGAGGCAAUAUUCUCGGAUUGUGUGCCCGUAAUUCUAUCGGUGAAUUAUGUUUUACCAUUUAGUGAUGUCUUGAAGUGGGAAGCUUUUUCGGUACAGGUUGACGUAUCAGAGAUUCCAAGGUUGAAAGAAAUCCUAUUGGCAGUUCCUGAAGAGAAGUACAGAAGGCUUAAAGCAAACUUGAGACUUGUCAGGAGACAUUUUGAGCUGAACCAGCCGGCUAAGAGAUUCGAUUUGUUUCAUAUGAUAUUACACUCGGUUUGGCUGAGAAGAAUCAACACAAGACUUCUUGCAUCUCUAUAGAUACUUAGUGCUAUACAUAAUACAAGCCCGUGUUUUUUUUAUUUUUUCCCCCCUUUUAACUCUUUUCCAAUGAUAUAUAGCGUGUUGAUUGAUAAAGUUUGUGCUUUCUAGCAGUGUAAUUGUG